AUGGCAGACGUAACAAUUGACGAUUUUUACACCGAUUUUGAUGAUAGUCUAAAUGACAGCAAUGAAGAAAAGGAUACGCCGGACGAUUCUGUUCAAGAUGAGGAAAACUUCCUUUUUGUGGUCGCUGUGGAUUUCGGAACAACAUAUUCCGGUUACGCAUUUAGUUCCAGAGAACAGUUUAGCCGUGACCCGUUGGAUAUCCAAAGUAACCAGCAGUUGGUUCCAGGUGGUUCAAAUCUUUUGUCUCUAAAAACCUCUACAUCUCUUCUUAUCAAGACAGAUGGCAGUUUUGUUGCUUUUGGUUUCCAUGCAGAAGAUAAAUUCUAUGCAGAGUCGGCAGAAAAUCAAAGCGAAAACCUAAUGCUGUUCAGAAGAUUCAAAAUGAAACUACACAAUAAAAAGGUCAUAAAUGACCAAAUGAUGCUGGAGGAUGUGACAGGCAAGAAAUACCCAGCAAAAGAGAUAUUUACCCUCUCGAUUAAAGCAUUGACAGUCCAUUUUAAGAAAAACUUUACGCAGAAAAUGGGCAUUAAAUUGUCGAAAAAAGAUUUGAGAUGGGUAUUAACUGUUCCUGCAAUAUGGGGAGAUGCUGCAAAGAAGUUCAUGCGCCAAUGUGCCAUUGGAGCAGGAAUUCCAACGAAAAUGUUGAAAAUUGCUCUUGAACCAGAGGCAGCAUCAAUAUAUUGUCAAUUUCUUCCCAUCGAAAAAAAUCCAGAGGGUUUUGGCAUGACAAAAGAAGGCACAAGAUACAUGGUAGUUGAUAUCGGAGGAGGAACUGUUGAUAUAACUGUGCACGAAAAAGUGGAAAAUAGAAGAUUGCGAGAAAUUCACAAAGCUACCGGGGGAGCUUGCGGUGGGACGGCAGUUGACAAGGAAUUUGAAAAACAUCUCACGGACAUACUCGGAGAAAAAGUCAUGGAAAAACUUAGAAAAGAGAAACCAGAGUACUAUCUCGAUAUUUUUCGCGAUUUUGAGGUAGUAAAGAGGUCAUUAGCCUCGGAGAGAACAUACCCAAUUCGAAUGUCAAUACCAGCUGUUACCCUAAACGAGUUGUGCGAAAAAAACGUAGGAAAAACCUUGGAAGAAGUAUUUGAAAGAUCGGUGGGAUCAAAAGUUGAGAGAGACAAGAUAAAUAUAAAUGUAGAAACCAUGAAAAGCUUCUUUGACCCGUCUAUUCACGAAAUAAUUGAACAUAUGCAAAAAGUUGUUGAUAAUCCGAAGACAAAAGGAAUAUCAAUCAUUUUGCUUGUAGGGGGUUCAGCGGAAUCCAUUUAUAUACAAACAGAAAUUAAGAAGUCUUUUAAUUCUGUUCGAUUUGUUAUGCCUCCAGAGGCAGGAUUGUCAGUGGUUAAAGGGGCUGUGAUUUUUGGACAUGAUCCAUCACUAAUAAAAUCAAGAAUUCUUCGGUUUACAUAUGGAAUGAGUAUUUGCCCAGAGUUCGAUCCUGAGAUUCACCCAGAGGCGAAGAAAAUCACAGUUGGUGGCGUAGAUAGAUGCCGUGAUUGUUUCGAUGUUAUAAUUUCUGCGGGAACAGAGGUAGAGAUAGGGCAUAGAACAUGCCGUGUAUGUACACCAACCUCCCCCUUUCAACUCUUAGCGGCGGUAAAAAUAUUCUGCACUUCUGAAAAAGAAGUAAAAUAUACAGAUGACGAAGGGUGCUUCUUACUUGGAGAAUUGCCAGUUCCACUUCCUAUGAAUCUGCUCAUGGGAUUAUUUGGUCAAAAUGAGCAACCUUUCAUCGUAUGUUGCAUCUUUGGAGACACCGAAUUACAAGUUAUAGCUAUUGAUGUUUUCAGCAGUACUCCUAUUAGUUGCACACUUGAAAUGAGAGAGGAAGAGGACGAGGGGGACAAUGAAAACCAAGAAUGA